CUCUAUAUAAGGAGGUAUCUGUACAUCCAUGACGGAUCUAAGGAGUUAUAGUUCUAGUGAAACAUUGUCUGCUAGAGCUAUAUUCAUGGCAAACCAAAGUAUUGUUUCCAUGGCUGUGACAGCAUUAUUCCUUGGUGUCCUAAUAGCAAUCCCAACAAGUGUGCAUUCCAUUGGUGUUUGUUAUGGAAGACGUGGAGACAACCUGCCCCAACCUAGCGAGGUAGUGGAUCUGUACAAAUCUAACAACAUUGGAGGGAUGAGAAUCUAUGAUCCAUAUCAACCUACUCUUGAAGCACUUGGAGGAUCCAACAUUCAACUCAUCGUCGAUGUCGCUAAUGAAGAUCUCCAAAAUCUGGCCUCUAAUCCUUCAGCAGCAAGCGAUUGGGUCCAGAAUAACAUAAAGGCCUAUCCAGAUGUUUCAUUUCGAUACAUCGCAGUCGGCAAUGAAGUGAUACCUGCUGAAGAUUCAGCUGGAUAUGUGCUCCAAGCCAUGAACAACAUCCAGUCUGCUCUAUCGGCCAGCGGUCUGCAAGACAAAAUUAAAGUCUCAACUUCAGUUGCUCAAAGUGUCCUUGUGACACCAUAUCCUCCAUCUGCUGGUGCAUUCUCUUCUGAUGCAUCACAGUACUUAGGACCAAUUAUCAACUUUUUGGCUAGCAAUGGAUCACCACUCCUAGUAAAUGUGUAUCCCUACCUCAGCUACGUCGGCGACAUGCAAGAUAUCACGAUCGAAUAUGCCUUGUUUACUUCUUCAGGAAUCGUUGUGCCGGAUGGCCAAUUCGGCUAUCAGAACCUCUUCGAUGCAAUAGUCGAUGCGGUCUACUCGGCAUUAGAGAAGGCAGGAGGUUCUAAUGUGGAAGUUGUGGUAUCAGAGAGUGGUUGGCCUUCGGAUGGUGGCGGUGCUGCAACAUCGGUGGAUAAUGCACGGACAUAUAACCAGAAUUUGAUUAAUCAUGUUGGUCAAGGAACACCUAAGAGAUCUGGAAAGGCUAUAGAGACUUAUAUAUUUGCCAUGUUCAAUGAGGACCAAAAGCAACCACCAGGGAUAGAGCAGAACUGGGGUCUAUUCUACCCAAAUAAGCAACCUGUCUAUCCAAUCAAUUUCAGUUAAAAAGAUAAUAGAGGGGCAACAGACAUAUUAUCUAUAUAUUGAAGAUUGUCAUCUGAAAUAAACCAUUAGAAGGAAUGGACAUUUUGUCCCCCUAUUUUAUACUACAUGUAUUGGAAAAAUUCCAAGUUAUAAUAGUACUUAUGUUGCUCAAAUAAAAAUUAUAAGAAGUAUAGCAUGCCAUGUCAUGAAUUUCAAAUGGAA